AUGCUACAAGGUAACAGUGGGAAGUUACCAGUGACAGGAGAGGGUGAUGUGGUGCUGCAGAGUCCGUAUGGAGAGAUGAGACUGGAGAAUGUGCUGCUGGUUGAGGAUUUAAAGGUGAACCUGGUUAGUCAGUCACAGCUUGAUGACUUGGGGUGCAAGAUAUUUUAUGACAGAGGUGAGGUUGCAGUGUUUGGUCCUGAGUGGGAGAAGUAUGCGGAUGGUUAUUCCAGUGACAGUUUCUAUGAGAUGAACUUGGUCGCGAUGAACGAUAAGGAUGAGAUCUAUGAGGAUCCUGAGUCUACUGAGGAUGAUGAGAGUGAGGACUCGGAUGAUAUGGCUGCAAGUGUGGAGGCAGCAGUGAAGCAGGAAGAGGAGAUAGUGAUCAUGGAGGCCGCAGCACGCUUAACCAUCCUCUCUUCCCCUUCCCUCCGUCCCGUCCUUCCCGCCCUCCCCCCCACCGUAUCCGCCAACCUCCGCCAUCCUGAUCCGUCCACGCGACCCCUUCCCCCUCCCCCUGUGCGGCAUGCGGGGCGCGCGCAGGUGGAGGGGCGCGUGGUGGCGGAGAUCUGCGUGGGGCUGUGCGUGCUGGUGGGGGUGAUGGCGGGGGACGGCGAGCACGACUGCGACUACAUUCAAGAAGGGAGGAGGGUGACGGUAUUUGUGGCGACGGACAAUGAGGAGCUGCGCCCCACGUUUGUUGGCCGCCUGCAGCGCAUGGGCGGCGCACAGGUGUACUGGUCCGCAGCAGCUAUACGCCACACAUCCAAGGCGGGGGUGGAUGGGCAGGCGGGGCAGGGGGCUGCAUGGGUUGGCGGACUGGUGGUUGCUGUCACGUCACGCUUGCUCCUCUGCUGUGCUGCAGGUGGCACAUGCUAG